GCUAGUUAAAACCACCUGAAGUUAUGCACGUGGAGAAAAAGUCGUACUAAGGCGAGAGGGGUGAGUUCAGAGUUUGUAAAGUUCAAAACAAUAGUGACCUCGCCAAUAGUGAAUACAGACACAUCUCUAAUACGAACACUUUGUCUCUUCGGUCUCCGUAUUAGAGAGGUUUGACUGUACACUGUCGCAUUGUUUUAAUUGUUCUGAUUAGUUAUAUCAUUUAUCCAUUUGUACAUUUGAUUUGCCCUUUUGAUUUUCUUGUGGUGAUUUCAUGAUUUUGCUAAUUACACCUGUCCUGUUUUAGAACCUGUGGUUUUUACUCGAUAAACAUCAUACACCACCUGUGUUUGGAGAUGAACAGAUGAUCAACUAUGAAGACUUCUUAAAAGUUGCUGGAGAGGCUGGUGAAAAAUGCAGGCCCUUCUUCAGUGCAACUGUUUUUGCCAAAUUAUUUCAGCAGGAUCCUUUUGGGAGGAUCUCUAUCAUGCAGUUUUUUAACUAUGUCAUGCGAAAAGUUUGGCUUCAUCAAACCAGAAUAGGCCUAAGUCUAUAUGAUGUUGCCGGACAAGGAUACCUGAAAGAGUCGGACCUUGAAAAUUACAUACUGGAGUUAAUUCCAACAUUACCACAGUUGGAUGGCCUUGAGAAAUCAUUUUAUUCCUUCUACGUCUGUACUGCUGUAAGAAAAUUUUUCUUCUUUUUGGACCCUCUCAGGACAGGAAAGAUCAAGAUUCAAGACAUCCUAGCUUGUAGUUUCCUGGAUGAUCUCCUUGAGCUGAGAGAUGAAGACUUGUCAAAAGAGCAACAAGAUGCUAACUGGUUCUCAGCCCCGUCAGCACUUAGAGUUUAUGGUCAAUAUUUAAGUCUUGAUACUGAUCACAAUGGAAUGUUGAGUAAGGAAGAAUUGGCAAGAUAUGGUUCAGGAACAUUAACAAAGGUUUUUGUGGACAGGGUGUUUCAGGAGUGUUUAACUUAUGAUGGAGAAAUGGAUUACAAGACAUACUUGGAUUUUGUCCUUGCAUUGGAAAAUAGAAAAGAACCACAGGCUUUGCAGUACAUGUUUAGAAUCUUGGAUGUUCAGGCUUUGGGGCAUCUGAACAUCUUCUCAUUAAACUACUUCUUUAGGGAAAUUCAAGAGGAGAUGAAGAAGCACGGCCAUGAACCAGUGAAGUUUCUUGAUGUGAAGGAUGAGAUUUUUGAUAUGGUCAAGCCUACAGACCCUUACAGGAUUAGUCUACAAGAUCUUGUUAACAGUGGCCAAGGAGAGACAGUGACAAGUAUUCUGAUUGACUUGAAUGGCUUCUGGACUUACGAAAACAGAGAGUUGCUGGUACAAGAUGUGAAUAAUGAAUAAAAAAGAUCAGUCUCGCACCACUGCUGAAGUUCAAAUCAGGAUUGAGCCAACCCAGGAUUAGUGUAAACUUUAAAAAAAAUUGUUAAGUUAUCAGCAGUGCUUUCAAUAAGAUCUGGGACUUGGUGGAGCUCUGGCAGGUGUGCUGAUGUGAAUUGCCAUCUACAUGUAUGAAGAUGGAAGUCUGCAGUUUUGCUUCUGUUAACUCUUAAUCUUGGAUACGUAUUGAUCAGCUUUUGAACAACAAUGAACCUUGGGCGAAUUAGAGGCAUAUUUGUACAAAGUAAAAUCAUUUAAAUAAAUAUAUUUCACACUAUUGUAA